AUGCGUGGUACAGCUGGUGCUAGUGAUGAUGAAGGACGUAAGCAUAUGGUGCUCAAAUACAGGAGAAGACGAGGUGGACAAUGGAGACAAGUACAACGGAGUGAUAGUCCUGUGCGCAAAGGAGACGAAGACGAGCUGGAGGUUGAUGUCACCGAGGAAUGCUCAGAAACGACAGGUAUCGUUACUAAGACUUACGAGGCUCGCUGGAAAGUUUUGAAAUAUGAACAUCUACCAGAAUGGUUGCAGGAUAACGAGUUUUUACGUCAUGGUCAUCGCCCUCCACUCCCUUCUUUUGCUGAGUGCUUCAAAAGUAUUUGGUCGCUCCAUACUGAAACAGGGAACAUAUGGACCCACCUCAUUGGUUGUUUGGCAUUCUUCUGUCUCGGAGUGUGGUUUCUCACUCGUCCUGAUAACCAUAUCCAGUGGCAGGAGAAGAUCGUGUUUUCCUUCUUCUUCGGUGGUGCCGUUCUCUGCUUAGGUCUUUCCUUCGCUUUUCACACUUUGUGCUGUCACUCAAUUAAUGUCGGCCGUAUUUUCUGCAAACUUGAUUAUAUGGGCAUAUCCCUUCUGAUAGUUGGAUCAUUUAUUCCUUGGAUUUAUUAUGGAUUCUAUUGCCGGAUGGAGCCGAAGAUUACCUAUAUUGGGAUGGUGUCCGUCUUAGGCGUUGCAGCUAUAAUCGUUUCGCUUUGGGAUAAGUUCAGUGAAUCUCGUUUUCGACCUCUACGAGCUGGCGUAUUCGUUGCGAUGGGA